CCGGACCUUGGCGCGGUUUUGGGUCUAAAUUCCCGUUUGUCGGGGAUUCCCCCGGCCGGUUCCGGUUUCGCCGCCCACUUCCGGGUGGUGUUCCCUCCUUUCCCUUCCCCCCGCGCUCACUUCCGGUCGCGCCCGCUCCGUUCCGCCCGCGCGUCCACUCCCGGCCGGACGAUGCCCAAGCCCCUCCGGCCGCGUCCGGCCGAGCGCGUCCGGCAGCGUUUCCGGCGGCUGCGGCGCGCGGCGCGGGCGCUGGUGCUGGAGAACGCCGCGCUUUGCGACGAGCUGGCGCGGCUGGAGGCCAAGUGGACGCUGGCCCGAGGCCAGCGGCGAUUCCUGCUCGGACGGCUGCUCGGACACUGCGGCGGUCACUCCGAGGCGGCCGGAGAGGCGGCCAGGAGGACGCGGAGAGCGCGGCCGGCCGCGGGGAGGGGGAGGGGAGGGAGGAAGGAUGACCAGUGGUCAGCGGGGGUGAAGGAGGAGCAGUGGUCAGUGGGAGGCAAAGGGGUUGGCUCGAGAGAUGACCAGUGGUCAGCAGGCUCCAAGAGUGACCAGUGGUCAGCGGGGGUGAAGGAGGAGCAGUGGUCAGCUGGAGGAAGCGCUGGGAUGAAGAGUGACCAGUGGUCAGCAGGCUCAAAGGAUGACCAGUGGUCAUCAGGCUCCAAGAAUGACCAGUGGUCAUCAGGCUCCAAGAAUGACCAGUGGUCAUCAGGCUCCAAGGAUGACCAGUGGCCAGCGGGGUCGAAGAAUGACCAGUGGUCAGCGGGAUCAAAGAGUGACCAGUGGUCAGCUCCAGCAAAGCCACCCGGCCCAAGCGAUGACCACUGGUCAGCUGGCUCAAGAGAUGACCAGUGGUCAAGCGGCUCUCGGCCGAUGUCCGGCGGGCUCCGGCCACCGCCGGACGAGCCCGGAGAUGACCACGGGCCCGAUGGCGCCGCUGACCGCUCGGCCGCCGUCCGGCCGGAGGAGGAGGAGGACGAGGAUGACCACGAUGACCGCGAUGACCACGAGGAGGACGAGGACGAGGAGGAGGACGAGGAGGAGGAGGAGGAGGACGAAGGCUCCGCUCCGGCCUUUGGCUACUCCGGCCUCUUCCUGGGCAGCCCGGCCGGCUCGGACGAGUGACCGCCAAUAAACGAGCCCGGCCGGAGCGGCCGGAGGGGUUCUGGUCACUUCA